GUCAGUAGAUGCUGUUGAACAAUGAUACAGAAUUCUCCAUUACAAACAGUCCAAAGACCACAUUCUAGAAAUGCAUAUGACGAGAUGUAAUCCCAAAAAUGCAACAACGAAAAAAAAACCAACGUAACAUGGAGAGGGGAAUCCAGAGAUUUUCAGAGCAGGGACAGUGUGGUGAGAUCUUCCUGCAGCAAUGCCCUUACCAAGGCGUAGAUCAUCUAUCUUGGGGCAACAGCUCCCUUUGUCCUCUGCAGACUGUUCUGGGGUUUCCAACCGUAGGGUCAGCAUCGGGAGUGCCAGCAACCUACCCAGGUCUCCUGGAGUGUAUGUAGGAAGUGUACCAACCGGGGGUGUAAGUAGCCUUGGUACUCGAGUAUCUCGACGGGCUCUUGGCAUCAGCAGUGUUUUUAUGCAGGGAUUGCGUAGCUCUGGUCCACCUGUUCCUGUAAAUCAAGGUUUGGAGAGAGGAAGAGCUCCCACAUUUGAAUCUCUGAAUUGUUGCCUGGUGGAGUACAUAGAUAAAGUAAGAGCCCUAGAACAGGUGAACCGUGAGCUGGAAGAACACAUCAGGGUAUACCUGGACAAAAAGGCGUCAACUGUGAGCAGUUGGGGAUCACUCAGGGAUAACUGGGAGAAUAUAUAUCAUCAGGUCGGAGAUGCUGUGUUGGAAAAUGCUCGCCUUAUGCUGCAGACAGAAAAUAUACAAGCAUGUGCAGAAGACUUUAAAGAAAGAUAUGAGAAUGAGCAGCCUUUCAGAAAAGCGGUGGAAGAGGAGAUCCGAUCCUUGUACAAAGUGAUUGAUGAUGCUAACUUGACAAAAAUGGAUUUGGAAAGUCAGAUAGAAAGCAUGAAGGAGGAGCUUGCUUUGCUGUCAAAGAACCAUGAAGAGGAUGUGAAGAUGCUGUACAAGCAGCUGGCAGGAUCUCAGCUGGAAGAAUUGGAUACUCCAAUUGGCACAGGCCUUGAUGAUAUAUUGGAGACUAUUCGAAUUCACUGGGAGAAGGACAUUGAGAAAAACAGAGCUGAAUCUGGUGCCCUUCUUCAGGCUAAGCAAUCAGCAGCUCUGCCAGCAGUGCAAAGCCAAGAAGAAGAAGUUGUGGAAACCCUGAGAGAGGAAUUCCAUGAUACAGCCUGCAAAAUCCAGAGCCUGCAGGCUGAGACUGAAUCCCUUAGGACAUUGAAAAGAGGUUUGGAGAACUCCUUGCAUGAUGCUAAACACUGGCAUGACAUUGAGCUCCAGAACCUGGGCUCUGUGAUCACCAAGCUGGAAGCAGAACUGGAGGAAAUUAAAAGUGAGACUGAGCAGCAUCAGAGGGAUCGAGAACAUUUUCUGUCCCGUAAAUUGCAGCUUGAGAAAGAAAUAUCAGCAUACCACUCUAUUUUGGAUGGGGUGGAAAACAGAUGAUGUUUCAUACAACAAUCAAAUGAAGGCAAUGCUCACAAUCAAGAUUACGAUUAAGCAAAUCUAAGUAUAUGUGCCAUGGAAU